AUGGCGGAGCAGGGGGGAGGACAGGCCUCGAAUCAGGCUCAGAAUCAGUCCCAGAAUGAAGGUCGAGCAUCAGGAUCGAGAGGGGGCUCACGUGGUGGACGUCGUAGGGGAAGAGGUGGCCGGAACCGCGGUCAAGGGAAUCAAUCCACCACAUCAGGCUCCCGAGGUGGUAGAAACGCCGCCUCUCAAGCCACCGCUGCUGAUGCUACUGAUGGCACACCUUCAACAACACCCCAGGUGGAGCAGCCCGCCUCUUCCGCUCCUGAAAGUUCAGCAUCAUCUAGAGGCCGACGGAAUCGGCGCGGUCAACGAGGUGGUUCUCAUGGUUCAGAGAACCGAGGAAGAGGAGGAUUCCGCGUGGGACCUCAUCGGCAAUUCGGUGGCCGCUUGACCACCACAACGGAAGAACCGGCUCAAGCAACUUCCCAGGAUCAGUCAUUGAGUGCAGACGCUCCCGAGUUUGUCCCCGGGCAACCCGUCGCUGCACGAAGUGCUGCGGAAUCAAGCUCGGCUCAGUCUCAGCCUCCGACCCAGCCGCGCUCUAAGGGAGGUCGAUCUCGGUCUGAUCGGAAACAGGGGAGGCCAAAGCAGGACGUUCCUAAGUCGACUGCCUCCGACCUUUGGCAACGGAUCCAGGAGGACAUUAGCAACUGGAAUUACGAAUGCCGAAUCUGCGCCGAUGACGUUACCCGCAAAAGUUAUGUCUGGUCGUGUUCUAUUUGCUGGACCGUCGUCCAUCUCAAGUGCGCUCAUCAAUGGUGGAGCACCUCGAUGAAGGUGGACGAGGCCACCGGUGACAAGUCAUGGCGUUGUCCCGGUUGCAACUCAAGCCUGACUGGCGAGCCUGGUGAUUAUCAGUGUUGGUGCGGCAAAGAUCUCAACCCCAGUCACAACAGCCUCUUGCCCCCUCACUCGUGUGGACAGACAUGUUCUAAACCACGGACGACUUGCUCACACCCCUGUACCCUUCAGUGCCAUCCUGGGCCCUGUCCACCUUGCAAUGUGCUAAGCCCUCCCGAGCCUUGCUACUGUGGUAAGCACACGCUUCGCAAGAAUUGCAGAGAUACCGACUACUACAACGGUUGGAGUUGCCGGGAGCCAUGUGGCGAUUUGCUAUCUUGUGGAGAGCACGAAUGCUCGCAGAUCUGUCACCCAGGUGUCUGUGGAACCUGCGAGGUGGCAGUGAAGGCUAGGUGCUAUUGCGGACGAGUCGAGAAGGAGAUGGAAUGCUUCAAGCAGGAUGAAGUCUGCGACUCCUAUGAUCCUACCGACGAUUCUUGGUUCCAGGGCUCCUUCAGCUGCGAGAAUGCCUGUGGAAGAGCCUACGACUGUGGAGUUCAUCGCUGUGAGACGUCUUGCCAUCCGCAGGAUGAGCUCCCGGCUCACUGCCCCUUCUCCCCGGACGUGGUAACCCAUUGUCCUUGCGGAAAGACACCGCUCAAGGAUCUCAUGGAUCACCCGCGCCAAUCUUGCGAGGAGCAUGUCCCUCACUGCGAGAAAGUCUGCGAGAAGAAGCUCAAGUGUGGCCACACAUGCCAGUCAUUGUGUCACACUGGAGAUUGUGACCCUUGUAUGCAGGUCAUGGAUAUAGAUUGUCGGUGUGGCCGAGUCACCGCCCCGUCCAUCUGCCACGAGGGGGAUAUCCAACACCCCCUGUGCUUCAAGGUGUGUCAGGCAACUCGGAACUGCGGUCGGCAUCGAUGUGGAGAGCACUGCUGCCCGGGUGAAAAGAAGGCAUCACAGCGGAUCGCCCAGCAGAAGAAGCAGCGUCUUGGUGUCGACUCUAUUCCGGUUGAAGCUGAGCACAUCUGUGUUCAGGUUUGUGGAAGGCCACUCAAGUGUGGUAGCCAUUUCUGUGAACAGCUCUGCCAUCGUGGAGCUUGCCAGAGCUGUCCUGAAGCUGUAUGGACCGAGAUUAGCUGCAACUGCGGUGCAACGGUUCUUCAGCCUCCUCAACCAUGUGGGACUCGCCAGCCAUAUUGCACAUCCAAGUGCAGGCGCCAGACCGCUUGCGGUCAUCCCUCUGUCGAGCAUCAGUGUCAUCCUGAUGACGUUGAAUGUCCUCCUUGCGCGUAUCUAACUGAGAAGGUAUGCGCCUGUGGAAAGACAACCUUUCACAACAAGCCCUGCCAUCUCCAGCAGGUUCACUGCGGCGAGCAAGUCUGUGGAAAGACGAAGCUGCUCUGCAAUCAUAUUUGCCAGAAUGUCUGCCAUGGCCAGACUCCCUGUAAUGAGUCUACUGCCUGCCAGAAGAAGAUGGUUGUCCAAUGCCCCUGCGGUAACUACAAAAAGGAGUUCAAGUGCCUCACGAGCACCAGCAACCCGACUCCAAGCCGUCCAGAGUUAAGAUGCGACGAAGAAUGUGAACGCCUGGACCGUAACCGUCGUCUUGCCGCAGCUCUCAACAUUGACCCUGCGUCACACACCAACGACCAUGUCCCCUUCUCAGACAACACGCUGAAGCUGUACAAGCAGUUCCCCUCUUGGGGCGACAGCCAGGAGAGACAUUUCCGCGUCUUUGCUGCUGACCCGGAUGAGGUUCGUCUUCGAUAUGAACCCAUGCGGAAUGAGUCCCGCCAGUUCUUGCACCUCCUAGCUGAAGACUUUGGCCUCGAGAGCAAGAGCGAGGACUACGGCUCGAACCGAUCCGUCGUUGUCUGGAAGACGGACAAGUUCGUAUCUGCUCCGCCCAAGACGCUCGCUCAAUGCGUCAAGAUCCGAGCCGCUCAGGCUGCCGAAGCCUCUGCCGCUGCGGCCCUUCGCCCCCCGAGCCCACCCCCCUUUGAUAGCGAGCCUUUCAACAGCAUGGUCCUCACCGAGCCUCGCUUUGGCCUGACCAUUGACGAAGUCACAACCGCUCUCGCCUCAGACCUUGCAUCCCUGCAGGGCUUCUCGUUCAAGACUGACUUCCUUAACGAUGAGGUUCUCAUCAAGGCUACAGCGCAGUACUCAGCCUUUCUCACACCCGCCCCAGUCGAAAAGAGCCUUGCUGCUCUGAAGCCACGCGUCGAGCAGACGAUCCGCAGCCAGAAGCUCGCCGAGGGUGUGCUGCUCUGCCACUCGGAUGACAAGGGCGCCGUCACCCGCCGCGAGGUGCUCCGCCGACCGGGCGCAGGGGGAUGGAGCGCCGUGGCUGGGCGGGCGGCGUCCAAGCCCACCUCCUCAUCGUCGACGCCGGCGCCCGAGGACUCGAUCAAGCCCGGCCGCAAGCUGCUCGGGCUUAAGAAGAAGAAGCCACAGCAGCCUGAGGUGGGCAAGGUGUGGGCGGCACUUGAUGGGGAUGUAGAAUGCUAG